AUGUUUAAGUUUUUAAAUCCUUUUCUUAAACUUUCUGAUCAUUGUAAUCUUGGUAAUCAAGUUUUAAACAAAGCCAUAGAUAGUAUUGAAAAAUCAAUAGAGAUUAUGCUAAAAGAAGAUCUAGUAGGAGUUACUUUAAUAUUUGAUGUUUUUGAUAUAAGCUCAGAACGAGAAAAUCAUGCUGAAGUUAUAAAGAAAACAGAACUUAUGAUGCAUGAAUUAAGAGAAAAUAAUAUUAUACUAUGUGCAACACCAAAAGUACUCAAUAUGAGUAAACUAAGAGCUGAUAUUACAUACAAACAUCGUCAACAACAAAAUCUCAAGUUUCAUACAAAUUUGGAAGCUAAUAUGAUACUAGAUGUAGAUAAAACAAGUUCUAACACUAAUAAUGAAGAAAAUAAUAGUGAAAUAAUAAAUAAAAAUGAUUAUGAAAUGACAAUUGAAAAUAAUAAUCAUAAUGAUAACGAUGAAAAUAAUGAAGAGUAUAAUGAAUUAGAAAAAGAAGAAAUCUAUGAAAAAAAUAAAGAAUUACUUAUUUCUGAAGAGGAUUUUGGAGAAUAUCUUCAAGGAUGA